UCGACCUUCGGGUGGGAAAAUUAUUUCUGCCUCGAAAAUGAAUGCUAAGGCGAAUCGUCGUCUGGUUGGUGAUGACGAGGAUGAAGAUCUCGACCCGGCAAUGUACCUGGAUCCCACGAUCACAAUAACUCUGAUUAAUAACGAUGAGAAGAAAGCAGUGAGCAAACACGUCAAUGAUGUUUCGAGUGCUAGUUCUAUUAGUUCCAGCGACCUUCAGGCCUUGAAUGCUCUGGGAGAGAAUGUGUCCAUCACAGUUGUGCCUAAAAGAAAAGUGGGAUGAACACCAGCAGGCGGUGCUAGAUCUAAGGAGAACGAGGCUGUAGACCAACCUAUGGUGAUCGAAGUGGAUCCAGCCGCUCUUCAAAAAGCUAGACUACCAACUCAACCGGCAGAAGCGCGCAAGUCCUUUCCUGCCAAAGCACGCCAAUUUGGCCAUCCAGGACAACCUUCAUCGCAAAAAUCCUCUCAGAAACAUCCCGUACCUCCUAUGGUGUCGAUUCCCAGUCGUCAUUUGGGUAUGGAGAUCGCCCGACCAACAACUCAGCAAUCGACUUCAACUCGCAUUCCUUCAAUUACCGUCCGACCUGUGACGCAGAUGCCUGCAGCCCAACCUAGCAUCAUUCUUCAGCCAGGUUCUUCUGAUACAGCAUCCAUCAGUGCGAUUACUGCUGCCAUGAAACAACCGAAUUCAACAUCAGCGACGACAGCCAAUAGUACCGGCAGUAGUACUCUUACUCUGAACACGAUGCAUACUGUUGGUCCGGAAUCGGGAUUUGGGACUGGCGGACUUUUGCUCACCUUUAAUCGCUCUGCGCCCACGUUUGCAGCAACAGGUGCGAAUUCCACUUCGUCUUCAGCUCAGGUGCAAAACAAAGCUGAAUGUGGACCGCUUACCGCCCAGUUGGCCUCCAGGACACAGCAAAUUUCAGAUAUGGUCCGCAACACCUUGGAGACAUUGAUGCAAGAAAUGAGUUCUGCUGGGAAUUUGGAAGCCACAAUUGUUCAGCUCUGCCGACUGUACAGUGUUGCGUUUCAGUAA